CAUCUGCCAAUCUUAAUAUAAGAAGCAUGCACGUCAAUGCAUAUGUAUGUGUGUGUAUAUAUACUAUAAUCUGCAAAAGCUGAUUUUUUUUUUUGGAAAGAAGAUGAAGUUCGGAAAAGAAUUCGCGGCACAGAUGGUGCAGGAAUGGCGUGACGCGUACAUGGACUACAACAGUCUGAAAACAGUGUUGAAAGAUAUCGGGCGGAUCAGACAAAGAAGCGUAUCAACGCCAGUCAUGGCCGCAUCGACCUCAAAAAGUUCUUUGAAAAGAAAGGUUUCCUUCUACAGAGCUUUUAGCGGGCUAACAAGCCGGCACAGAAGCUCUCCGAGAAAGAAUGAGGAUGAAGUAAUUCUUGUUCAUGCAGUGGAGCAGCAGGAGGGCGCAGAUGGGCACUACCAAACCAUGUUCCUCAUGUCUUCCGACACCGGCGGAGAGUACGAGCUUGUUUUCUUCAGGAGGCUUGAUGAUGAGUUCAAUAAGGUCUUAAACUUCUACAAAAUGAAGGUGCAGGAAGUUAUGGACGAGGCAAAUGAAUUGACUGAGCAGAUGGAUGCUUUGAUUGCUGUUCGCAUAAAUGUGGAUAAACCGAUGGUGAAAUCUCAUUUUCUUGGAGCUGAUUUGGAAAAUCUUGCAAGCAAUGAGAGAAAUCCUGGACGGCAGCAUAUGGAUUUGAUUCAAGAAAUUGAGAUGAGCGCUGAAGGAAAUUUGGAAGAGCAAAACCAAAACGAGAUUUUCGAGAAUUCUGGAGACAAUUAUAGGAAGGGCAAGGGACAAAAGAUUUCCAUCCAAGGAUCGAGGCCAACAUCAUUAGAAAUACUGGAUCAUGCACAGAUCAAUAAUCUCACCCCAGAAACUCCAGUAUCUACUUUGAAAGCCAUUCUCAUGAGUACGAAUUCCGCCACGUCCUUCGGCAAGAAAGAGCUUAGGAAAGCAGAGGAACUAAUGACACAGGCUUUUACUGAAUUCUAUCGAAAGCUGCAAAUUCUGAAGAGCUACUGCUUUUUGAAUCUAUUGGCAUUUUCAAAGAUCAUGAAGAAACUGGCUUCACUACCACAGAUCACUUCAAGAAAUGCAUCAAAGACUUAUAUGGCGAUGGUGGACAAUUCUUAUCUCGGUAGCUCGGAUGAGAUUACUAGGCUCAUGGAAAGGGUGGAGGCUACCUUCAUUAAGCACUUUGCAAAUGGAAAUCAUAGAAAAGGAAUGAAGAUUUUAAGGCCAAAAGCCAGAAGGGAGAGACAUCGGAUUACGUUUUCCUUGGGUUUCUUCUCUGGCUGCUCACUUGCACUUGUAGUAGCCACCGUUGUGCUUAUACAUGCAAGAGAUCUGCUGAAAAGCCAUGGGCGUACUCAGUACAUGGAUAACAUGUUUCCUCUUUACAGCUUGUUCGGAUUCAUUGUCCUGCAUAUGCUUAUGUACUCUGCAAACAUAUACUUUUGGAGGCGUUUCAGAGUCAAUUAUUCGUUUAUUUUCGGCUUCAAGCAAGGAACAGAAUUGGGUUACAGACAAGUCUUUCUUCUCAGUUCAGUUCUUGCUGUACUUGCAUUGGUUGGCGUCAUUUCAAAUUUAGAUAUGGAAAUGGACGAAAGAACAAGAAGCUUCGGAGCCUUAACAGAACUAGUCCCUUUGGGAUUACUUACUGUUGUGGUUCUCAUAAUAUUCUGUCCCUUCAACAUCAUAUACCGUUCAAGUCGCUUCAUCCUAAUCCAAUCAGCGUUUCAUUGUCUUUGUGCUCCUCUGUACAAGGUUACCCUCCAAGAUUUUUUCUUGGCAGACCAGCUAACUAGCCAGGUGCAGGCUUUCAGAAGUCUUGAGUUCUAUGUUUGUUAUUAUGGUUGGGGUGACUUCAAAAUAAGAUCAAACAAGUGCCAAGCAAGUGGUGUUUAUAACAGUUUUUAUUUCGUUGUAGCAAUAGUUCCAUACUGGAUGCGUUUCCUGCAGAGCCUUCGACGCUUGAUAGAGGAGAAAGAUGCAAUGCAUGGGUAUAAUGGACUGAAAUACUUCUCAAUACUUGUAGCAGUUGCCAUGAGGACAACUCAUGAUUUACAAAAGGGGAUGAUUUGGAAGAUAAUGGCUGCAGUGAGUUCAGGUGUUGCAACCAUCAUUGCUACAUAUUGGGACAUUGUCGUAGAUUGGGGUCUUUUGAGAAGGGAUUCCAAAAACCCAUGGCUGAGAGAUAAACUCCUUGUAUCGAACAGAAGUGUUUACUUUGCAGCAAUGGCAUUGAAUGUUGUACUGAGACUUGCUUGGAUGCAGUCAGUAUUAGGGUUUAGGGAAGCACCUUUCCUGCAUAGACAAGCGUUAAUUGCAAUAGUUGCCUGCUUGGAGAUCAUUCGACGUGGAAUUUGGAAUUUCUUCAGAUUGGAGAAUGAACACUUGAACAAUGUUGGGAAGUAUCGAGCAUUCAAGUCAGUGCCCCUACCUUUCCACCAUUACAACGAUGAAGACAGGAACAUAUAGGCAUGUACAACUCGGAAGAGAGCAAAAAAAUGGUGGUUGAAUGAUGGCUAUCACCAUUCAUAUACAGUUAUUUGUUUUUAGUCUUUUUUAGUUGAAAUGCAUGUCUGCUUUUAACUGAAGGUAGACAAGGACAUAGGUAUUUAUUUGAUAUUGGUUUUGCUUAACGUUUUUAAUUUUAUCUGUAUUAUCUAUA